AUGAGCGCAUUUUGUCAAACGCCACCUCAUCACCAGCGCCCCCUAACUUUAGCGCCGGCGCUCUCUAGCCGACCAACCCGCCAUAGCAACGCAUAUAACCGAACUACGUACAACUGGAAAGAACCAUGGCCCUUUCUCUUUCUCCUCCAAUCCUCUCUCUGUCGCCCUCUCGCUCCCAUGCGCACCGUAGCCUCUCCCUCCCUCCCAUGUCUAUUCUAAGCCGCCUUCAUUCCCAUAUUCUGAAGUACCUCCGUCUCUCCAACAAACGGCGUCUCGCCUCUCUCGCCUCCGCCGCAGUCCGGCAGGACACAGCAGCCUGGACUCCGGCCCCUCUCUCUGAGAUUGAGCCUGUUGCCGACUCCCUUUUUCACGUCAGCAUCGACAUCUCCGAUUCUCCGGACCUAGCUUCUUCCCACACGCGCGCCGGCCAGUACCUCCAGCUCCGGCUCCCUGACAUCUCAAAGCCCUCUUUCCUUGCCAUAGCCUCCCCGCCUUCUUCUGCCGUUGACCGCGGUGCUUUCGAGUUUUUGGUGAAGAGCGUGGCGGGGUCAACUGCGGAGUUGCUCUGUGGAUUGAAAAGAGGGGACGUGGUCGAACUGAGUCAGGUAAUGGGCAACGGUUUUGAUAUCAACCAGAUCGAUCCGCCAGAGGAUUACCCUACGGUCUUCAUUUUUGCCACGGGAUCGGGGAUUAGUCCAAUCCGAUCGCUCAUUGAAUCAGGAUUUGGUGCUGAUAGGAGAUCUGAUGUGAGGCUCUAUUAUGGGGCUAGAAACCUGAAGAGAAUGGCUUACCAGGAUAGGUUUAAAUAUUGGGAAUCUUCUGGUGUCAAGAUUGUACCAGUAUUAUCACAACCAGAUGAUACUUGGACAGGUGAAAGUGGCUAUGUCCAGGCUGCCUUUGCUAGAGCCAAACAAAUUUCUACCGCUAAGGCCACUGCUGCUGUGCUUUGCGGACAGAACCAAAUGACAGAGGAAGUAACCUCAAUUCUUGUGGCAGAUGGAGUCUCAAGGGAGAAGAUACUAAAGAACUUCUGACAAAAUUCAGGAUUGGUUCCUAUUGUUGUAUUAUUGUUGAAGAAGAGUUGACAAUUAUUCUUUAUUCCAAGUGGCUGAGGAUAUGAAAUUCCUCAAAGCGAAUAAAACCAAAAAUUUGGGCAAUUUUCACUGUGUGAGCUGUCUUCAACAGUUCAAUCACUGUAUACACUUGAGAGAAAUCGAAAAACGGCUUCAUGUUUUACUUGUAAAGGACCCGUUAUAGCACUGCUCAUAAUGAUCAUUGAUGUUAUCCUUAUUGUUU